UCAACUUUUUGCAGAAUUCGAAAAGGCAGAAAUAAUUAUGCAUCGCGAACAAGAUGAUCUUCCCAACGCUGCACAUCCUGCCGAGUCUACGAGAAAUACGUUUUGGGACUUUAUUUCAUUUGAAAACAAUGUAAAAAGUGAAGAAAUACCUUUCUAUAAUCAACCGAGGACGAAAAAUCACAGCAGAUUACAAAAAAUGACGCCGGGCAGGAGAAGAUCAUACGUCUUCGAUUCGCAGCCGAAACGCGUAGAUAUCGUUAGUUCGGAAGAAGAGGAAGAGUUCAAAGAAACGUUAAGAAGAGACAGUCGAGAUACAAUUAACAUGAAGCCGCAUUCGGCGACCGAAGAAAGAAAGAUCAAGUCUCCAACGACUGAGGGAAAAAAAGAAAGGACAAGUGCGACUCAAACAAUCGUUGAUGAUCGUCGACACUGUUACAAAUUCGUCAACAAACUUUCCAAUAAUUCUUCCAAGAAAACGGCUCUAUCGACAAAAACGAUUGAUCGCGUCGCGGACUCGAAGAGUAACGGACGGACAUAUACGGAAAACAAAAGAGAUAAUAACGCGAAUUCUCAUCCCAAAAAUUCUAAAAGUAAUGAAACGAAUCGAAUCAAAGUAAUUGUCUCACAAUUAUCACCCAAGAAGAAGAUAACGAAGAACGAGAUGACAUUCACUUCGAAGAUGACGGAUGCUUCCGCGCCAAUGCAAAAAGGCGUAAAUGCAAAAAAAGAGGGGAGGAAAUUUUUCUCCAGAUUACCUGUGAGAACGUGGAAACGUCUGAGAACAAAAGAACCCGGCAUAUCGCGCGCCGAGAGCCACACGACGAACGGAGAUGUUAGCCAAGAACUUCGGGGAUUGGAAAAGGAAAUAACUGCGAAGUCGAGUAAUCAUCCGGUGAGGGUAGAAAACAAUGAUGUCCGCGAGAAAAAUUGUACAGCCGCAAAUCACAACGGUAUAAAACGAAGCGGACGUUUCGAAGCGGAAUCGGUCGGUGCCGAUAAGCCAAGCUUGGCUUCCUCCGUUUUGAAGAACAUAAAAGGAUUUAAGGAUGCGACUACGGCGGCGAGGGAAGCGCACAAGCAACGGAAGACGAAAACGAGCGUCAAGUAUCAUUUAAAUCGGAAUUUGUAAAACUUUACUAAUUUCAAUGUUAUACUUGUAACUGUAUCAAUCAGUAAUUUAUACACUGUCUUUCAGUGAUAUUACUUCUGUAAUUCUUCUGUAAUCGAAGUCACUGAAAGACAAUGAUGAUCAGAGUUAUAAGUAAAGCACAAAUAUAUGAAUACAGAUUCUAACGUAGUUGAAACUUAGAGAACAGAAAGUGUCUUGAAAUUAAACACAAAAUAUAUUUUAUUUUAAUCGAUGUCUAUAUUAAAGAUUUAAUCUACAUUUCAUAAUUUACGUUUUGUCAAUUCUUGUCAAAAAUGCAUUAGAAAUAGAGCUUGGUAAUAUUGAAUGAAUUAAUCCCAAUUAAAUAUUUGAUUGAUAUAGCCAAAGAAUAAUUUUAUUCCAAACUUAAUAAUAUUAAGUAAAUAUUACUAAGAUUGGUUUCUAAAUAUUUAAAAAAGAAUAAAAUUAUUUUUAAAAAUACAAUUAAUUUCUUAUAACACAAAACUCAGAACUGUUCACGUUGCUUCCGAAAUCUAUUAAAUCUUUUAUUUGACGUAAUCAUGACGUACAUUCCGGAUAAUUAAAAAAAUUGGACUCGUUACUUACACUUCGAACAUUGUGAAAAUCAAUUAAUAUGUACGUUUUUUCAAUUUUAUACUCUUACGAGAUUGUACUGAAAAUGAUCCGAAACAAAGAAUCAAAAUGUAUACAUUAUUAUAUAUGAAUUUAUACGAAAAGCUUGUAAUGGUUCUAAGUUAACAUUAUUCCUGCUUAUUUAUAAUAAAAUUACUCUUAGUUACAUUAACUGAAUAUUUAAUUGGCAUUAUUUCACUCUAUUAUUUUAAUUAUCAACGUCCAAAUUUUUUCUUUAGUGUAGAGAUUGAAAAAGAUAAAGCGACACGAUCUAAUCGUCCUGAACACGGCAUUUUUCGAUCGGUAUCGGUUCCGUCUCUGUGCCUCGUUUGAGAAAAGGAAAAAAAAGCGAUCGGCUACACGAUCGAGAAUGCGUAACCGCAUGGAACGAGACGUACAUAAUUGUACGCGCGUAAUGGGGCCGUUGAGUUACCUCAAAAGAAGACCCCUCCCGAAUGAUACCAAUUAUGCCAUCAACGUACCACGCGUACGUUCCCCUCCCGCUGUCGACGAUUUUCUGUCACAGCACAGUCACGACUCGCCCGCAUGUCACAACCCCCGCUUGUGUAACUACCCCUAAAGUGGAGCGCCUCGUAUAAUGCCGCGUCGCGAUUCUCGCUGGGGUUCACCGCGCGCGGCGAUCUCAGGAUAGGGACGGGAAAGAAAUAUGUAAUUGUCCAUAUUUACCCUUGCACCCGGCAUAUUCAAACAACAACACGAAACAUCCCCUCCGGAGACACCCCCAUAGUACGGAUAAGGCGUCGACUCAAUCCGGACACGGACUCAAAUAUUUUCCUUCUGUCGCUUCGCGAUAAUACUGCCCAUUCUUAAUCUGUCCUUUCAAAUUAAACAUUUUUACUAAUACGAAAUUGAAUUGACUCAUAGAAACAAUAACAUGAAUGUGCACACAAAUUUUAGAGAAACUCAUUAAGAUGUACUUAAAAGAAGAAUACUCUAUCAAAAAAUGAUAUAAAAUUUUAGCGAAAGAAUAAAAGUCAGAAUAAACAAAUUGAAUUUUUGUUUUAAUUUAAUAUUUUCCAUCAAAAAUAAUAAAAGGCUAAAUUACUAGCAAAUAUUAUCUGUUUCAAGUAUUUCAUCACGCUUAUAUACAUCCGUCAAAUCUGUCAUGUGUGUCAUAAGCGUCAAAAUUAUUUAAACUAUAUUCUGAAUUCUAGUAAAUUAAUGUUUCAAUCCAAAAUAUUAAAUUAAAACAAAAAAACAAUUUGCUUAUUACUCUAAUUUUGCUUAAAUAAAAUUUUAUGAUGUAACAUUCCUUGAAGAAGUAUAAAUUUUCUUCUUUUGAUAACAUCUUGUUUCUCUAACAUUUGCGAUGAGUAUAUUUCAAGAAGAGAUUCAUCAAGAAAAUAUUUUUCACCAAAUAUGACCAUUACGUAGACAAAGAAAAGUAAAUUGAGUUAACAUUUUUCUUAGUAGUAGUAGAAUUGAUUUUUUUCCGUUUAUACGAAUUCCCUUCCGUGUUUACAACAUCGCUGAAAUUAUGUCGAUCCGUUCCGGUCGCCUCAGUCACGCUGGUGAGGCAGGAAUGUAAGGACAAGACGGCGAGAAGCCGAAAAACGGAGCGACGACGGAGAGAAGAGCACGCGAAAGGAGUCGACGAGUCACCCCCGCGCGCGCGCGGGGGUGAGCCAAGCCGCCCAGCUGGAGGCAGAUAAUCAAAUAAACCUGCACGCACCGUAUAAAUUAUCAAUCAGGGCGCGAUUGUGCAACCCCAACAGAGAGGGAGCCAUCCAUGUCGGUAAGGGUUGUUACAUCGACGUCGAGGGUGAGGGGCCGAAGAGAAGGAGGAGAGCGGACGUGUGCGUCCGUCGCCGUCGUGUCGAAUGACCCCGCAACCGUUAUCUUCCUCGCGUGCGUGGGCGUGCAUGAACGUGAGUUCACGCCCUGUAGUUUCGAGGGGAUAAGAUAACGGGGGUGAGAGGAGGUGGGGACAAACGUCGGAGGGAGAGACGACGUGUGCACGUGCCAGAGAGAGAAUCGUCAUCGCGCGUAAGGUGUUUCGUGUUGCACGUGUGCAACGAGAUCUUCGUGGCCGCCGAAGCCGAGCACCAUUCUUUUUAACUCUUUAUUCGCGGGGAAAGAUAUCUCGGGAAUCUCGAUCGCGGGAUCAUUGAUUGCGACCGUCUGUUGCGUCACGCGAUUCGCUCGCGAGAACCUCCUCUCCGGGAGAUUGUCUCCGCUGCAUGUGUUUGUAACUGAGACUGGCAACCAAUUCGCUCGGGCUCGUAAAGGAAUGUUUGCUGCAUUGACAAGGCCGCCUCGAUCACGCGCAACGGGAGCGAGAAACAAGCAUAGCCGAGCCAAUUAAGCGUCAAGGGGGAUCAACCGGCUCGAGCGCCUGAGGCGUCGACGUAUCGAAAUUAAUCGGCCCGUCGGCUAAUUCUCCCCAAACUCGCCCAUGAUACUCCCGCUGCCCGUGUAUACAGAGUGUACCUUGAAUUCGUCAUAAUUAGUUCCACCGAUUUCACUCACCGAUGCAUAUUGUCAAUUUUUUAAGUCCUUCUCUGAGAAAUAUAUAUUUGCCACAAAUAAAAAAA